AUGUCAAACAAGAAGCAGCAGACAAAGAAAGAAUCUAGCGUCUUGUUGGGUAUUCCAGAUGGAGGCAUUGAAGUUGAUAACGAUGCUUAUAUCACAAAACUAGGUGGCUUGCCUGUUUGGCUUGAGCCAAGCAAACCACCUUCCUCCAAGGUGUGCGAGUGCCGCAUCUGUCACGGUUCCAUGUAUCUGAUUUUCCAGAGCUACGUUCCAUUACAAGAGUCACCAUAUCAUCGAGUGUUGUAUGUGUGGGCUUGUAAUCGACGAUCGUGUAUGAGAAAGGAGGGCAGCUUUUCAGUGAUUCGAUCGCAUGUUGUAGAUCAAGCUUAUUUGAAAGCACAACGUCAAAAGGAAGAGGAAAAGCGUAAAAAGGAGGAAAAGAAGAAGGCAGCUGCUGCCAAGCAACAACAGGCCUUUGGAAAUGGAUUUCAGUUGGGAGAUUUGUGGGGCAAUUCAGCAGGCUCAUUUGGUUCAACUCCAUCUACAGGCGGUGGCUUUGGUAUGAAAAAGCCAACAGCAGCAUCCAUUGUGGCAUCGACACCUUUUGGAGCAUCAGCCAAGAAGAGCGAUACCAGUCAACAAGACCUUGUUGCGCAAAUGAGCGAAAUGGGCAUUCAAGAUCCUGUAGAUACAGCUGCUUUACCGCAAUUUCCUGGGCAAUAUUUGUACAUUGAUGAAGAGAGAGUAGACAACUAUGAAUCGAUGGGCAUUGACAUGAGUCGCUAUAAAGAGUAUUUGGAUAUGGAAAAAGACAUGUUGAUGGACAUUGAUGAAGGAGGCAGUAAUGGAGAAACAUGGCAAGGCGAAGCAUAUGAAAAACAGCAUUUACCAAAAGGCGUUGACAAGCAAUUCAAGAAAUUUACAGAGCGAGUUGAAUGUGCACCAUCACAGUGUGUACGUUAUGAAUUCAAUGGACAGCCGUUGUUUUACUCUGGACUGCGACCUCAAGAUCAACAGCUCAUUACAAGUCCUUGCAAAUACUGUAAAGGGCCUCGUGUGUUUGAAUUUCAGUUGAUGCCCAACAUCUUGUCGAUUCUACCCACCACUGAAUAUGCGACCAAGGAUCUCGGUGCUACGAAACCCAUUGAUGCCAAGGUAAAAAACGUGGAUGCCAAAACUGUAUUAGAUAGCUGGAAUGUCGGUAUGGAAUUUGGCACCAUUUUAGUGUUUGUGUGUCAAAAGGAUUGCCAUCAAGGCUCGAUAGAAGACGUGUCUUAUAUGGAGGAAACAGCAUUAGUGCAAUACGAGACAGACUAG